CUGGAUAGAGAUUAAAUAUGUAGGAGAUCGACGAAGAUCAGGAUUUGGAGCUUCAAACAUGGAUUUUAUUCUCCCCAAUAUAUUAGACCAUGACGGUGAGCUGUCGCAGAUCGCUUGUGUUCCCUGUGUAGAACACAAGAUCCGAGAGAAUCAUGUAUACCCACUCCCACUCCCACUUGGUCCUUCUCAUCAAAAGAAAGAUCAUGUUCAUCUCAUGAGUCCCAGGCAAAUCGACUUUAGCCAGCCGAAGAGAAAAACAUCCAUCACUUUCGGUGAGAUAGAUGAUGAUCAAAACCCAGAUCAGGAGAGCAAGAAGGUCAAGAAGAUCAUGCACAGAGAUAUAGAACGGCAGCGAAGACAAGAGAUGACAACCCUUUAUGCCUCUCUACGAUCUCAUCUCCCUCUUGAAUAUCUCAAGGGGAAGAGGUCUAUAUCGGAUCAUGUGCACCAGGCGGCCAAUUACAUAAAACAUUUACAAAAGGACCUCGAGGAGCUGCGAGAAAAGAAGGAUGAACUAAAAAACCAAAGCAACAUUUCAGGCUCUAGUACUGCAGUGGUGGAGAAUUUGCAGACUCCAUCGAUAAUGGGGGAUUCUGUCAUAUUGGUCAGACCAGCUUGUACAGGAGUGGAGAUAGUUGUGAGUACUCCAUUGAAACAAGGGCUUCCUCUUUCAAGAGUGAUUGGCAUACUGGUUUCAGAAGGACUUAGUAUAGUGAGCUGCAACUCGGCCAAAAGAAAUCAAAUGUUGAUUUAUAGCCUUGAAACUGAGGUGAUUGAUGGGGAAAGCAUUGACAUUCCUGAGCUCCAAAACAGAUUGAUUGAAAAAUGUACUUCUGGCUUCAACUAA